AUAUUACUACCACAUUUGUUGUAAACUUGAAUUGAUAAGUGUAUAUAAAUAAGUGCGGAUACAUUAGAUUAUCAAAAUAAGUGUAGAAGUGUUUUUAACAUCGACAAAUUGUAUUUCACGAUGAAAAAUUUGAAAAUAGCUGUGGUCGGAGCAGGUGUGGUGGGUAUAACCACGGCGGUGGAACUACAAAAGCUUUUUAGAAAUGCAGAUAUCGAUAUCGUCGCGGAUAAAUUCGAUGUCGAUACCCUGAGCUUUGUUGCUGCUGGUAUUUUCCGACCAGGAACUAGUUUUACAGGACCAAACGAGGAUAUUACACGGAAAUGGAUUAACGACUCCUACCAUUAUUGGGACAAUAUAAAAAAUUCCAGGGAAGCUUCUAAUGCAGGCGUUGCUGAAGUUUCUGGAUAUAUCUUUUCCAGCGAAUAUCCACAAAUUGUCAGGAAUGAGUUCAUCGAAAAGCUAGUACCUAUUUAUAGGACAGCUACAGAAGACGAACUACGGCUAUGCCCAGGGAAAUGGAAGUACGGUUCAUAUUUUACAACCAUCCUUUCUCAGUGCAGCUUGUAUUUGCCUUGGUGUUACUCUAAUUUUAAAAACGCGGGUGGUAAAAUAAUAGAAAGGAACAUCGACAACUUGUCAUCUCUUGGAUCGGAAUACGAUGUGGUGGUCAACUGCACAGGCUUAGGAGCCAAAUAUCUAUGUAAAGACAGAAAACUGGUACCGAUAAGGGGGCAAGUGUUAAAGGUGGAAGCACCUUGGGUGAAAACAUUCUUCUACGGAGACUACGACACUUACGUUAUCCCCUGUUUCGACUCCGUCACCCUCGGAGGAUGCAGACAGUACGACUCCUACGACUGCACAGUCAAUAAAUACGACGGCCUUUCUAUUAAAGAGAGAUGUGAAAGUUUAGUACCGAGCUUACGCAAUGCAAAGGUCAUCGCUCAGCGCGUUGGGCUUCGACCCCACAGAGAUCCCGUGAGGGUGGAGAAGGAAAUACUGUAUAACAACGGCAACAAAGUUAGAAUUGUUCAUAACUACGGGCACGGGGGUUACGGAAUAACGACGGCUCCCGGGACAUCGCUUUACGCCUGCGAGUUGGUUAGGGAGAUUUUAAUGGGAAACAGUAAAUUGUAAAUGUAUUUGUCAGAAGAUGUAUGUUUGUCUGAACUUGAAAGAUUUUGUCUAUUAAAUGCAGAAUAUUCGCA